CCCCUGUUGAAACAAUUAUAGUUAAGAUCUUCUCUAGUUCUUUUCACGAUUUUAGCUAAAAAAAGUAGAUAGAUGGAGUGAAUCUUAUCUCCUUUAUAAGUUCGUCUUAUAACAUUAAAUGACUCGUUUCAUAUUUCUGUUUCUGUUCCAUCAGUUUCAUUUUAGAUCUACAAGUCUGAACAACUCUUCCAAGAAAUUUUCAUCCUUGAUCCAAAAAAAUCUAAUUUUAUUUUUUUAAAUUCUCCAUUGUUUUUCAUUUGAAUAAAUCUGACGUCCCAGUGAAAAAAAUUGUGUUUAUCACUAUCUGGCAGCUGUGAUUUCCUUUUAAGCCUGUCUCGAGGAAAGAAAGUUGGAAGUUGUCUAGCAGAAAGAUCUGCGACACGACCUUUCAUUCGUUUGGUUCAUUUUUCGAACCAAAAGUGAGAUAGAUCGAGGGAAAAGUAACGAAAAGGAGAUAUGGUCGAGGUCAUUCCGAUCAAGCUGCAGAAGAUAUGGGAGAAAUGAGAUGUCAGGGGAGUCAUUCUCUUCAGCCUUUCACUACAAAUCGUACUGUCUUUCGGUGCUCCCAUGAGAAAGAGCACAGGAAAUAAGCUCUCCAUCCUGAUCAUCUGGGGAUCAUACUUUCUAGCCGAUGGGGCAGCUAACUUCACCAUCGGGCUCAUCACCAGUAGCAGGACCUCAUGUAAGUUUAUUCAAAGGAAUGACCUUCUUGCAUUUUGGGCUCCGUUCUUGUUGUUACAUCUUGGUGGGCCGGACACCAUAGCUGCUUUUGCCCUUGAGGAUAAUCAGCUCUGGCUUAGGCACUUUCUCACCUUGAUAUUCCAGGUUGUCACCUCGUUUUAUCUCUUCCUGGAAACACUACCAAGCAACAAGCUAUGGCUCCCGACUUCCCUCAUUUUCCUCGCAGGAGUCAUCAAAUAUAUUGAACGGACACGUUCUUUACAUUUUGCAAGCUGGGUUACAUUCCGAGAAGCAUUGCUUAUGGAACCAGAUCCUGGACCAGAGUACGCGAGGCUCAUGGAGGUAUUCUCUUCGAAGAAAUUAGCCAGACUUCCUACAACAAUAUCAGAAACAGUAGAUGUUGAUAUUAAACAAUCGAAGUCCGCCUUCUAUUCUCUUCAACCAAGCGGGGAGAGAUUAGAUGACUUUGAGGUGGUGAAAUAUGGUUACCACUUCUUCAAAAUCUUCAGGGGGGUCAUUGUUGAUUUCAUUAGCCACAAUAAUCGAACGAAGAGCAGAGCAUUUUUUCUUGCGAGAAAUGCUGAAGAUGCACUUAGGGUGUUGGAGGUUGAACUCAAUUUCAUCUACGAAAUUCUCUAUACCAAGUUCAUUGUAGUGCAUUCUUGCAGAGGAUACUUUUCCCGCUUCCUAACCUUUGCUUCAGUUUUGGUGUCCCUUGGGAUCUUCUUCUUUCGGGACUGCAAGAAUGGUUUAGAUAAUUUUCAUAUUCGAGUUACCUACACCCUGCUGCUCGGUGCCUUGAGCUUUGAGGUAAUAGCUCUUUUCAACCUCAUUUUCUCAGAUUGGACAAUAGCUUCUAUCAACAAGGAAAAUACAAAUCCAAGAGUCUGGACCAUCUUGGAAAAAUAUCUCAAAUUUAGAACUUCAAAGUGGUCUAAAUGCAGGGAUGACUCUGGCAAAGAGAGAGUUACACCAGUAUUACUUCGCAGGUGGUCUGAAUCCGUGGCAGGAUUUAAUUUGAUUACAUACUGCCUCAAGAAACUUCCGAAAAAAUCCCAUGAAGAAAAUGAUCAGUUAUGCCUUGGCAUUUAUAAGAAGACUACUCAUUUGUUGCAUCAUGCACGCAAAUAUUGUCUCGAAUAUGUGGUUGAACCAUUGGGUGCUCAGGAUUUUCUAGAUGAGUUGAAAUAUGCGCCCAAAAAACCCUUAAGAAAAGAUCUAUGGGAAUUUAUCUUUGAAGAACUGCGGCGGAAAUCUAAAGAAGCAGAUCAACCAGAAAAUAUCAAGAAAAUAAGUUCAGCUAGAGGUGCUUACGUUCUCGAAGAAUAUUGCAAAAAACAGCUCGAAGGGGAAGUAGUACUUCUUGAAACGUUAAAAACAGAAUAUAUUGAAAAUGUUACCUUCGACGAGAGUCUUCUGCUUUGGCACAUUGCUACUGAACUCUGCUAUCAUGGAAGUGAAGUCGAUCAGGAUAAAAAAGCUCAACCUGAUGAAGUCGACCAUAAAUUCAUCAGUAAGCAUGUUUCAGAUUACAUGCUAUAUCUUUUAGUGAUGAAACCUACUAUGAUGUCUGCUGUGGCAGGUAUUGGGAAAAUUAGAUAUAGAGAUACAUGUGCUGAGGCUAAAAGAUUCUUUCACAAUAAGGGACUAGGACCAAACAAUAUCGGAAAGGAUGCUUGUGAAAACCUCCUUGAUGUGAAUACAGUUGUUAAACCUGUUCAGGUGAAGGGAGAUCAUAGAAGCAAAUCUGUAUUGUUUGAUGCAUGCAUGCUGGCCAAAGAGCUUCAAAAAUUGGAGGAGAAGAAAUGGGAGGUAAUCAGCAAAGUGUGGAUGGAGAUGUUGUCAUACGCGUCAAAUCAUUGCCGACCAGAUGCUCAUGCUCAGCAACUAAGUACGGGUGGACAACUUAUCAAUCUUGUUUGGUUGCUGAUGGCUCAUUUUGGCCUGGCUGAGCAGUUCGUAUUCACUAUUGCCGGUGCUGGCCGUGCAAAAGUGAUUGUGGAAAGGUAGUUACUUUUUCGUUAUCCAUGCUAUUAUAUGUUUAUGAUUGGAAUUUGAUGUACUUUUUUCCAUAUAUCUCUAAUCUCCUUCGCUGGUAAC